CGGUCACACCAACUUGCAAUUUAUAUUAUUUUUCACGUGUGGCACGAAACGCCAAGCGAGCGCCUAAAACAAACAAUAACGAACAGCAGCAGCCCGGCGGCAACCAGACGGAGAAACUCCCGCGAGGACAGCCGACGCUAAUAGCCAGGCACAAUCCUUCCAGCGUCCCAUUCGCGGCAUUUCCAGCGGUCAGCGGCCCAGCAGCGGCGUUUCCACAGCCGGAAGAAGAAGAAGCACGUGUGCGGCGCUGCCUGAAAAGUGUGCGGAAAAGUGAGAAAGGGGAUUUUCCAGAGAAAAGAUCAGAAGUGACUCAAGUAAAGAAAGCAGAAAAGCAAGAGCCGAGGACAUGGUGCCCAUCGGAUCCGUCCACGGCGGCCAUCCCGGCGUAGUGCAUCCGCCGCCACAACCGAUGCCAACGGCGCCCAGCGGUCCAAAUACACUGCAACCAAGCUCUGGGGCAGCCGGGGCAAAUACAUCGUCGAACAGCAGCGUCUCCAACAAGAGCUCGCUGUCGGUGAAGCCCAACUAUACCCUCAAGUUCACCCUGGCCGGACACACCAAGGCGGUCUCUGCCGUCAAGUUUAGUCCCAACGGCGAGUGGCUGGCUAGUUCUUCCGCUGAUAAACUGAUCAAAAUCUGGGGAGCCUACGAUGGCAAAUUCGAGAAGACAAUUUCGGGCCACAAGCUGGGCAUUAGCGAUGUGGCCUGGAGCUCCGACUCGCGUCUCCUUGUCAGCGGUAGCGAUGACAAGACCCUCAAAGUGUGGGAACUAAGCACCGGCAAGAGUUUAAAGACACUGAAGGGUCACAGCAACUAUGUCUUCUGCUGCAACUUCAAUCCGCAGUCCAAUCUCAUUGUAUCGGGCAGCUUCGACGAGAGCGUUCGUAUUUGGGACGUACGCACGGGCAAGUGCCUGAAGACCCUGCCCGCUCACUCUGAUCCCGUUUCGGCGGUUCACUUCAAUCGCGAUGGCUCACUGAUCGUGAGCAGCAGCUAUGACGGCCUCUGUCGCAUCUGGGACACGGCUAGCGGUCAGUGUCUGAAGACGCUGAUUGACGAUGACAAUCCGCCCGUCAGCUUUGUCAAGUUCUCGCCCAAUGGCAAGUACAUUCUAGCCGCAACGCUGGACAAUACCCUCAAGUUGUGGGACUACUCCAAGGGCAAGUGCCUCAAGACGUACACAGGGCACAAGAAUGAAAAGUACUGCAUAUUUGCCAACUUCUCGGUGACUGGCGGCAAGUGGAUCGUUAGCGGCAGCGAGGACAACAUGGUCUACAUUUGGAAUCUGCAGAGCAAGGAAGUCGUCCAGAAGCUUCAGGGCCACACUGACACCGUGCUGUGCACCGCCUGCCAUCCCACUGAAAACAUAAUCGCCUCGGCGGCGCUCGAGAACGACAAGACCAUUAAGUUGUGGAAAUCGGACACAUAGAGCGGUAUCGCUGGUAUCCAGCAGGAGGAGGACAAGGAUAAUGACGAGGAGACAUACACUUCUUGGAUAAUAUUGUAUCGAUGUAAUUCCACAAAAGUAUUGCCUGUCAAUGUUAUAGGCUAUGCUUUUGCCGAAAUGCUUCGAUAUACUACAUGGAAAAUCUAUACGUUUAAUAUCCCCUCUCUUUUUUUUUAUUAUUUGUAUACAUAUUUAGGCACAGAACACAGUUUCUACUCUUAAAUCACAAUUUGAAAACGCGCUCGCAUACGAGAACAAAUAGGAAAGCGUAAAAAGUGUAUAAAUAUUUAUUUGCCCCAAUGUAUGGCUCCCUUUAAGAAAAAAGAAAGUAAUUUGUAACCUUUUUUGCCACACAAAACCCACAAAACUAAUGAUCUUUUCGGUGACGAGACAACCUAAAUUUAAGCAACCCCUCCACACAACACACACACCCCCCAUACACAUGCGUGCAGCUCGACAAGAGCGCAGAAAGAAUAUAUAUAAAAUACGAGAUGUAAAUUUAAAAACAAAAUAAAAGAAAAGGCGUCCUCGCCAUCGCGAGGCAAGUCGAUUAUGUAUCUGUAA